CAUCAAUAUCAUUAUGUAUCAUACUCAUACUUUAUAAAAGCAAUAUCAUUGUUUCAUCAUCUUCAACUAAUAUUGUUGAAUAUACUAACUUAACAAGGCAUUAAUUAAUUAGGUAGAUUUCUGUUUCACGUGCUUAUCCCUUAGCCUGUAGUUAUAGAGAGUCACCUUUUACUAUAUAUACACAAGAAUGAAUGAUCAUUAAACAAAUAACAGGGUCCCCCCAACAAUUGGAAACUAAAUCUAAUAAAAAUAGAAAAGAGUACAGCGAGUAAUGAGAAUUGUUGCAGGAGAGGGAAGAAAAGAAAAGAAAAUUUCCAAAAUUGGAGAAGCUAAAAAAGGGGAGAGAAGAAGGUAAGACCCUCCAAUUAAUGCGGUGCCGUUUUGUAAAUCUAACGGGACGAAAGACAGCAAAACAUGGCUUAGUUAUUUGCGUGCGUUUUAUUUGUUUUGUAUCCCAACCAACGCGUUUCUUUUCCUAGAAACCCCCACAGGCAGUCCCCUCCCCUUCAUGUCACGCCCUCCUGCGUCGUCCUCUCCUUGGACGACUCCGAGCGGCAACAACACCCCUCCAAAGAAAUCCAUUUUCCCUUCCGUCUCUGUUUUCUUCGGCUGGUUCAAACUCGAUAACCUCAAAAAGCAAUCCCAUUCUUCCAACAAACUCUACAAAUCAUACAUCCAAACCUACAAACUCAAAUAAUCGUAAUCAUAUUCUUUUUACCAUUGUUUAAUUUGUUUGGUUAUUCGUUCGUGUGAUUCUCAUUUAAUUUAUUUCUUUUAAAGAUGUCAAACGUGUUAGCACCGUUCCAGCUUCUAGAGCUCAAUGUUAUUUCCGCUCAGGAUCUGGCACCCGUCACGCGAAACAUGCGUACCUACGCGGUCGCAUGGGUGCACCCUGAUCGCAAGCUAUCCACUAGAGUGGACACGCAAGGCCACACCAAUCCCACGUGGAACGACAAAUUUGUUUUCCGGGUUGAUGAGGAGUUCUUGUAUGCGGACACGUCAGCAAUCAUGAUCGAGAUAUACGCGUUGCAUUGGUUCAAGGACGUCCACGUCGGCACGGUCCGCGUGCUCGUAGGUAACCUCAUCCCGCCUCCUCCUGACCGGCCGUACCACAACAACCGCGCUCCCCUCGGGAUGAGGUUCGUGGCGCUGCAGGUCCGCCGUGCCUCCGGGAGGCCCCAGGGUAUUCUUAAUAUUGGUGUGGCGGUGCUGGACAGUUCCAUGAGGAGCAUGCCGCUGUACACGCUCAACUCAUCCGCCGUUGGGUACCGUCACCUGAUGGGAGAAAAAGAUGCCUACGACAGCCACAACCACCUCUUCAAUGAUAGCAAUAGUCGCAGAACCUCCAACGCCAACCGCAGCUCCUCUGCGGCUCCAAUAAAGCCGGAGCUAAGGCGGACGAAGAGUGACACCAGCUCCAUGAUGGGGUCCGAGGCGGUGGUGGCUCGUAGAUCAAUUGCCAACAAGGGAAGGGCAAAUUCUGCUAUUUCUGAAUCGGUGGUUUCGGGUGCUUCGAGUCUUCCAGAAGUUGAGCAGCACGAGGAAGAAGAGACGAGGAAGAAGAAGAAAAAGGGGAGAAGGUCGAGGGGUAAUUCCGUGACAAGUGAGGAUUCACCGGAGAAGGCUAAAAGUGUAAAAUCAAAAUCUAUCCUCAGCGGUUCCUUGCCGUGGAGGCUUAAGAAGAAUAGGAACGACGAUUCGGCUUCAAUGAUGACUGAAUCGGAGAUUCUUCAUAUUCAAGAACCUCCACCUCCAAACUUCGAAGGUGGCGACAACGCCUUCAUGCAUCAUCAUCAACAUCAACAUCAACAUCAUAACAACAUGAUGGAACAUGGCCAUGCGGAAGAGUACAACCAUAACCACAGGAAUGAAAACAAUGCUAACAACCACUACCCUAACAAUAAUGAAGCUAUGUAUGCUAAUAAUCAUGAUGAUGAUGAUGUUGCUUCCUCUGUUAACACCAUUCAUGAUGAUGAUGACAUCAGACAUGAUGGACAUGUCAUCUCCAACAAUACUCAUCACCAUGAAGCACCCCCUGCCGCUUCACGAAAGCCGGAGUAUAUGCCGCCACCACCGCCACAGUUCCACAACUCACCAGCGGCUCAAUUUCACGCUUCACCGGCGCCGCAAUUUCACGCUUCACCGGCUCCUAAGUUCCGAAACUCUCCGGCUCCCAAGUACAUGAGCUCUCCGGCUGUGGAACCACAGAUUAAGAACUCUCCGGCACCGUAUUACAUUAACUCUCCAAAACCACAGUAUAUGAACUCUCCGAAACCGCAAUACCAGAGUUCUCCGGCACAUCAGUUUUGGAAUUCGCCAAAGCCACAGUUCCAUAGUUCACCGGCACCGCAGUUUAGAAACUCACCCGCACCACAAUUUCAUAAUUCACCAAAGCCACAAUUCCAUAGCUCACCGGCACCACAGUUUAGGAAUUCUCCGGCAAUUUUACCGAAGCAAUACCGUCCCUCACCGGCGCCGCAGUAUCGCGCCUCUCCGGGGAGGUUCCACCCUAUGUCGAACCGCGCAACACCAAUGCAUCCAUUCGGGUACACGCCGAGGUUCGAGUACACAACACCACGGAGGUCGAAUCUUGGGAACUUUGGACCACCGGUGGUGACGGAGUCGGAGCUGGGGCCUUCGGCGUCGGAGGUGGCGGCCGAAAUGGCGAGAAAUCCACGUGUGGACGAAGAGGGGACAUCAACGGUAGGAGGGUGGAGCCUGGACGAGAGCGUGGAAGGGUUGGAGUCGAAGCUGGACAGGUGGCGGACAGAGCUUCCGCCGGUAGCGGACCGCGGAGACUUCUCAAGCUUCCCAGCAACGAGCACCAGCAAGACACCCAGCCGCCGUUCGCGAAGGAACACGGACAGUGGGUUGUUCUCUUGCUUCAGCACCAUCUGUGGAGUAGAGUGCGGCAUCUCUUGUGGCAGUGAUCCUAAAGGCAAGAAGAAGAAUCAGCGCCACGGAGUUGCCAGAAGCUCUGCCUCGGCAGAUGAAACUAGCUUCCUGUGAUGAUAAUAAUUAAUUAUAUUGCAUCCGGUUUGAAGAAACUCGCAGAACAUUCUGAAGAAGAAAAGAACAAGAUUCUGAUGAGAUACUUUGGGGAAUUGAAUAUGGUGGGAGCAAGUUUAAAGAAAUGGACUUGAUUAAAGUGCACUAACUAAUUUUUCAUUCAUUUGUUGUUGUAUUUUUUUUUUCUUUCUUUCUUUUUUUCAA